AUGGAAGAAUCAUUCUUAUUUUUUUUUAUUUUUCAUAAUAAGUUGAUGUUAUUGCAAAUAGUUUAGCCUUUAAUUUCAAUGAAUAAUUGGAUUCUAUUAUAUUUGGAUUCAGUUUUGGUUUAAAGUCAACUUACAAAGAAAAAUUAAGAACAAUAUAUUUAUUCAAUCAUCUUAUAUGUUAACAAUCUAAAUGAUUAGUAAAUUAUUAGCAACUUGUAAUUUAAUGUACUUAAUAAUAAGGAAUAACAUACUCCAAAAUUCAAAUUGGUUUAAAUUUUUUCAGAAUUUCAGACAAGUGAUAUCCUCAUAAGGUUAGAUAAUUUCACAUAUUGA